UUGGACAGUUACUAUACUUGUACAUUCAUUCUUGUCCUCCAAUCCACUUGGGGAAUUUUCCAGCAUACAUUCGCCUUGGGAAGGUCACUCAAAUAUGUUCGUCAAAAGAGCUAGGCCUCGUCCUUCCCUCCGUGCUCGUGAUUCCGACAUUCCCGACCCUGCAUCUACCUCAUCGCCUCUCGCCAAGUCCUCUAUCACCGCCAGUGAUGCUCAAAAUUCGGACGAGUCCAUUGAAAUAGAUUCAAAUGAAGGUAGCGGGAAUAUUCUUGGGAGGAAGAAAGGGCUAAAGAAGGAAAAGACAAAAGAUAGGUUGUCAAAAAAGGCUAGCACAUUGAGUUUCGGCGGAGCGGCAGAUGAGGAUGAAGGGGUGGCCUUCAAGCCCAGGAAAUCACUUCUAUCACAACAACUAAAGCUUCCUCCCACUCCUAGUACAUCCGAGGCGAUUGGAACGCCGAGUGCUACGAAAAAUUCUGGAGUGUACUCUCGAGAAUAUCUUUCCGAGCUGAAGGCCGCGACACCAACCCGCGCUCCUCGUGGUGUGACAGAUACCAUCGAAGAUGAUAAUGAUGAUGUUGACUCGUCAGGUCUCAGUCGAUUGGCGAGGGAAAAGUAUGCUUCAAGUUUUGCGCAGGACACAACGGCAGGAAUCCCUGAUGCUACUACCAUCGCGGCGGCGAAGAUGAAGCGCCAGGCGGGCAUGGGAGGCAAUGGGGCAGCAACCGCAUCCGCUGAGAACGAAGAAGACUAUAUCUCUUUGGGAUCGGGCGGUGGAAAAAUUGCGAUCUACGAUGCCCAACAGGGGCCUCAUCCUGAGAGUAGAUUAAUGAGAGAAGAGGACGAAGAAGGUGAAGGCGACGAAGAUUUGGCUGACUACACUGGAGCCAAAGAUAAAUUAUUCCUAGGGAAGACUGCCAAUAAGGCGGCCGCUAGAAGAUUACGAGGCGAGAUUGGUGAACUUAUAGCUGACAGGGAGGCCGAGGAUGAAGAUGACGAGGAAACUUUGGAGUGGGAGAGAGCACAGGCACAGCGGUCAGGGUUAUGGGAAGAAAAGGAACCCGAGAAAGUCGUCAAGAAGGGCUAUACACCUGCACCUAUACCUCUUUCUCGGCCACUCCCAACUGUAUUGUCUGCUCAAUCUCGCCUUACCAAAGCUCUUUCCGAUCUUGAAAUAACAAAGUCCCAUAACGACCACAACCUUGAUGUAGUCGUGCAGGAAUUAGCCGAUUUGGAGAAGCAAGAGAGGGAACUGCGAAUAGAAGUGGAGAAGGUGGAAGGGAAACGCGAAUAUAUGGAGGAAUUCAGACGAUGGGUGGAGAUGCUGGGCAAUUUUCUGGAGGAAAAGUUCCCAAGACUUGAGGAAAUUGAGGCAGACGCUUUGCAUAUCAUUCAGGAACGGUCGCAGUCGACCAAUAAGCGCCGAGCCGAUGACGACAGUGACGAUCUUGCUCUCUGUAUUGGCGUAGCCGCGCCAAAAGAGGGGGAGCAAGAGAUCGACGAACUUGGUCGUGUUAAGGAUGCCACCAGAGAAAUGGGAGCUAGCUCUGGUGUGAGACGCGCUAGACGAGAACAACGCGAGUCACGUCGGUCAAAACGAAUAGCGCGAAAGGCAAACUCUCCUACCGCGGAAGAUGAAGGGUAUUCCACGGAUUCGACUCUCGCAGAUGCCGAUGCUGAAGAUUAUGCUGCUGCUCAGAAUCGCCUGGCACAUCGCACUCAUGCCUUGUUGGACGAUGUGAAGGCCGAAGACUUCAGAGAUCCAGAAAUGGGCCUUGCAAAGAGGUUUGGUGGUUGGAGAAAAAGGGAUGAAGAAGAGUAUGUAAAUGCAUUUGGCGGUCUAGCCUUGGUGCAGGCUUGGGAGUUCUGGGCGAGGGGAGAAAUGGUGGGAUGGGAGCCUCUGAGGGGAUCUGCAUUUCUCGAUUCUUUUCGAUGGUUCCACUCUCUUCAUCACUACUGCCAUCCUCGCCGACCUCGCGCGGAUGAAGAUGAGGAUAUGGAUGAGGAACCGCCUCUCAGUCCCGAAGGAGACCUCGUUGCGUCCAUGGUAUCGACUGCUGUUAUUCCUCUUUUGACCAAAAUCUUUGAAGCUGGUGCCUAUGAUCCGUACUCGGCACCACAGACCAGGCGCGCGGUCGACUUGACGGACGUGGUGGCUGAUUUAACUGGUAAAGACAGUCGCAAGUUUGUCACGCUUUUGAAAGCCAUACUUGAAGUGUUCCACUCCCAUCUUCUCGAACUCUCCUCAGCCAUAGCAGCGGUAACUGCCUCCAACGCCAUCCCUCCACCCGCAUUCAAUCCCGCAUCUCGAUCAGCAUUGAGUCGCUUCAUCCAUCGUCGAAUUAAGCUAUUGAAGAACAUUCUUAUGUGGAAAAGACAGGCUCCUCAAGAGGUCAGAGGACUUGUGGUGAGAUUAGUAGGGGAGAUAUUGCGACCUGUGUUGUCAGGAACAUGGGACAGUGGAGGAAAGGAAUUAGCGCAGGAAAUUCUUCCGGCCGCUACUGGCUCUUUGUCUCCGGACCUCGUAGGCUUCUUACAACAAGGACCCAGUAGCAGGUGGUAACAGUCUAUAAUGACAUGUAUACAAUGUCUUCCGAUGCUAACAUACAUCACUGAUCAAUCUUUUUUCUUUCUCUCUGUUCAUAACCUGUACCAAUCUUCCCGCGAUGAUACGGCACCUCGUCGAGGUCUUCUUGACCGAUAUUCACGACGAGGGCGCCUCAAAUAUCGACGGAAUAGUAAACAUCAAGUACAAUGGUUCUCUGGCCUGUCUGUUUUCCUUUUGCUGUUUGCUGGCAGCGGCCGACGCCCCUGAUCAAGCACAGUCUUUCUGUCUUCUGGGUCGACGCCCAGUACGACUGGAGAGGGACUAGAUACGGACAAGUUUGUAUCCUUCCAUUGACAUUCCGUUAUCAUAUCCCUAGCUCUAUGAAAUCGUACUAACUAGCAAGCAAUCUGUACAGUUUCAAUACAAUGUACAUGCUUAUUUCUAUUAUGCGAC